AUGAUGCUCUGCUCCGAUCUCUGUCUCCCACAGUCGGCCGUGCCGAGGAUGGACCCUGCCCCGGGCCUCAUGGAGCAGCGUGGGGACGAGAAGACCUGGAGCCCUGAGCAAGAGCCUGAGCCGUGGCAAGCCCUCCCGGUCCUGUCCGAGCAGCAGUCCAAGGACGUGGAGCUGGUGCUGGCCUAUGCUGCACCCAUCCUCGACAAGCGCCAGACUUCGCGCCUCCUCCAGGAGGUGUCGGCCGUCCACCCGCUGCCCGCCCAGCCUCACCUCAAGAGGGUGCGGCCCAGCCGCGAUGCCAGCCGACCUCAUGCGCUGGAGCUGCUGCUGUGCCUGGCGGGGCCAGCUGCGGGUGCCAGAUCGCUCGCUGAGCUCCUCCCGCAGCCAGCCGUGGACCCCCGUGGCCUGGGGCAGCCCUUCCUGGUGCCUGUGCCGGCCCGGCCGCCCCUGACCAGAGGCCAGUUCGAGGAGGCACGUGCCCACUGGCCCACGGCCUUCCACGAGGAUAGGCAGGUGACUCGUGCCUUGGCCGGGCGGCUGUUCUCCGCGCAGGAGCAGACGGCGAUGCAGGGCCACAUGGAGCGGGCUGUGUGGGCCGCGCAGCAGGCGGCUGCGCGGGGCCUGAGGGCGGUGGGGGCUGUGGUGGUGGACCCGUCCUCUGGCCGCGUGCUGGCCACAGGCCACGACUGCAGCAACACGGCCAGCCCCCUGCUGCACGCCACCAUGGUGUGCAUUGACCUGGUGGCCCAGGGCCAGGGCCGUGGCGCCUAUGACCUCGGCCCCUACCCUGCCUGCUCCUUCGCCCCAGCCGUCGCCCCCCUGGGCGUCCGUGUGGGCUCUGUGCGCAAGCUGGUCGAGGACGGGGACGUGCGUGCGGACAGCCUCCCCUACGUGUGCACCGGCUACGACCUCUACAUCACCCGCGAGCCCUGUGCCAUGUGCGCCAUGGCCCUGGUGCAUUCCCGCGUGCAGCGGGUCUUCUAUGGGGUGCCCUCGCCCGACGGCGCCCUGGGUACCCGCUUCCGCAUCCACGCCCGGCCUGACCUCAACCACCGCUUCCUGGUGUUCCGGGGGGUCCUGGAGGCCCAGUGCCGCCAGCUGGACCCUGGCUCGUAG